GUGAUGGUGGUGGUGAUGGUGGCAGUGGUGGUGGCUAUGAUAAUGAAGAAAGACUUUGGGGGUACAAAUGAUAGAUUCUGAGGACCUGGACUACCUCAGUGCUUUAGAGAACUUUUAUGAAAAACUGAUGUGCCUUUUCCCAUUCUAGUCAGCCCAGACUACACUUGAAGGUGGAUUUUGGAGGAAGGGUGCUUGGAGCUGGAGGGACUCUUGGAGAUGAUUUGCAAAUCCUGGCAGGACUGUGAGGCCCGCCACACCCCUCCUUCCUACUGCCCCAGGUGGUCCCAAGGCCGCCUUCCCUUCCACACCCGUAGCCUCCAGCGCUCCAGGGCUGGGGACCGCCCCCGUCUGUGCUGCGUGCGCACUCCGAGCUUGUCCUCGGCGGCGAGAAGGAGGGCGCAGAGGGUCAGCUGCGACCCGGCCAGAACAGGAGCUGCGGGAAGACCCUGGAGAGCAGGGCUGGGAGUGGGGAGCUGGCAGUGUGGGGCCAAGAAAAAGGGUUAGGGCGAAAAGCCAGAGUCAGAGGCAGAGAGGGGAGCAGAGAGGGGAGCAUCUCGGGUCGGGGGAAGGGUUCGUGGAGAGUGAGGCAGGGGAAUGGAGGGAGUAGGGGUCUGGGGAAAGUGAGGAUUUUGAAGUGAGAGAGUCCGCUUGGGCUGGGCGUGGAGGGCUGAGGGUGGAGUGGGGCUGAGGGACAAGGUGGGUUAAGGUGCUGGUGGGGAAGGACUAGGGCUUCCAGGAGGGUCUGAAGGCGGAGGUGGAGGUCGGACAGCACAGGUGAGGGGGUCUGCAGGUAGAGCUGGCGUUGGAGGUCUGGGAGCGUGGACUGGGGCUGAGCAGGCGCGUGCAGAUCGGAGCCGGCAGGUGAGGGUCUGAGGGUGGAUCCAGGGUCUGAGCUAGGGCCAGGGGUCCAAAGGAAAGGCUUUCAGAUCUGAGCUCGGCGGCUCCGGCGGUGGAGCUGGGAGCCCGCGGUGGCCUACUGGUGACGGGGGCGGGCACAGAGGGGUCGCGCCUCGGCCGCAGGAACCCGCGGCUGCUGGUCCUGGGCUCGGCGAUGCAGGUGCACCUGGGCGGGCUGGCCGGCGCGGCUGCGCUGACCGGGGCGCUCAGCUUUGUGCUUCUGGCGGCCGCCAUCGGCACGGACUUCUGGUACAUCAUUGACACCGAGCGACUGGAGAGGAGCGGCCCGGGGGCGCAGGACCUGCUGGGGUCCAUCAAUCGCAGCCAGCUGGAGCCUCUGAGCUCCCACUCCGGCCUCUGGCGGACCUGCCGGGUCCAGAGCCCGUGCACACCGCUGAUGAACCCCUUCUGGCUGGAGAAUGUGACAGUCAGCGAAUCCAGCCGGCAACUUCUCACCAUGCAUGGGACGUUUGUGAUUCUGCUGCCGCUCAGCCUGAUCCUGAUGGUUUUUGGGGGGAUGACAGGGUUUCUGAGCUUCCUCCUCCGAGCCUACCUCCUCCUUCUGCUCACUGGAACUCUCUUCCUCUUUGGAGCAUUCAUAGUUCACCCAAUGACAAAUUCUCAAAACCAGCACUGCCUGAUAGAAGUUUCUGUGAUGGUGGAGAAGUUCCCUAGUCCGUGCCGAGCAUCGGGAGCUGCAAACCAGGCCAGGGCAGCGAGUGCUGCCAUGGUGACCCUUGCUGGGAUCAGUGUCUACAUAGCAUAUUCAGCUGCCGCCUUCCGGGAGGCGCUAUGUCUCCUGGAGGAGAAGGCCCUCCUGGACCAGGUCGACAUCCACUUCGGCUGGUCCCUGGCCCUGGGUUGGAUCAGCUUCAUCGCGGAGCUGCUCACCGGGGGGGCCUUCCUGGCAGCAGCCCGUGAACUCAGCCUGAGACGGAGGCAGGACCAGGCCAUAUGAGCCUGGGCACUGGGUCAUGAAGGGGAGGGAGGGGUUUGGCCCCGGAGCUUCAUGGACCCAUCUUCAUGGGCUGUGGCCUCCUCUUCCUCAAAGGCCACUUGGGGAGGCCAGGCACCACCCCCAUCCCCCACAAAUCCCCGCGGACUAAGCUCGGGGCCUGGCUGUUAUCCUAGUGCUUGUGUGCUCAUGUGCGUGUGUGUCCGUGUGGCCUGGAGGAGCCUGAGGGAGUGCCAAACCUCUUUACAAGAAAUAAAAACGAUCCUUUAAUCACA